CCCUAACAUUACCCGCAAGGAGGCACACACUGCUGAUCCUACAGCAUUAGCUGAGAGACGUGUACAUCAGAGUGUGGUAUGCCCUACGCUUCAGACAGAAAUCGGUGGGAAUGGCUCGACUCAUGUAACACGAAACACAGGUACACAACAUACUUCUCAUACACUCCUUACAACAUCUGACUUUCCCACAGGCGGGCCUCACAGAGGCGGGUCG